AGACACACUCCGGGUCAAACCAUAAAUACCGGGCGGAGGGGGGGGUUUGUUUGUCGGAGAUUAGCCGAGUGACAGAGCCAGGCCCGAAGUCUCUUCUCAGCCACAAUAACCUCUACGAACGGCAGUGCAAAGCUAAAAUCUGUUGGUCAGUGAUGCACUGAGACCACGAUGGAGAGCAGGGAGAACGCCACAGAGGGUGAUCCCCUGAAGAGGGGAGAAGACGGGGCAGAGACGGGACCAGCCCCGCCAGGGACCGAGCUGAAGAAGAAGGGCUGUAAGGAGAUCCUGGGCCUCUCCAAACUGACCCACUGGCGGACUGCAGUCUUCUUCCUGUCCCUGUUCCUCUGCCUCACCAUCGUGUUUGCCUUCUCCUUCAUCAUCCCCUGUCCCGUGAGGCCGCAGUAUUUCGUGACCUGGAACAGGAGCUUUUCUGAAGCAGCGAGCUAUGACUUCUUAGCUAUCGAGCACGCCAGCGACGACAAGGUGAUGGACGUCCUGUUUGUGCUCAAAGGCAGUGAAGGCACCCAGAACAAAUCAUGUGCCGUUGCAGGCCUGCCCUCGCCGUGUGUGUUCCUGUCGGCAGUGGACGGGACGGACGGGGAGACGCUGUGGGACAGUCCGCUGGCUGCUGACCUCCACUGGGCCCAGUGUGGCCUGGAGAGAGACUCGGGGAGGAGCUGGGACUGCCUGCUGUCCCACUCCGAUCAGCUCACUGCCGUAGACAAACGCAAAGGGGCUGUAAUUUGGCAGCAGCCUCAUCCGGCUGACCUGCACAGCUCUGGGCCCGUUCUCAGCCUGCCAGAUCUGGACGGGGAUAAGGUUGGAGACGUGGGCCUGGUGGCGUCUGACCGCACGCAGACUCGGAUGGUGCUGCUCUCGGGGAAAACAGGCGCUCAGAUUGGCUCCACAGUCGUUCUCGGUUUUACAGAGACGGUCCAUCACCUCCUCCAUCGCACCGCAGAGGGUUCUCACUAUGUUCUGCUACAGAACGACGCCGGCCUGUACGGUCUGGCUCUGUGGAGGAUCGCCGCUCAGGCCAAAGCGGGCCUGGAGGCCGGCCUGAAGAAGGACAAACACCUGGAGAAAAGCGCCAGCGCCGCCACGGGCCUGGUGCCCAUCUUUGAGUCAGACGCGAUGCGUGAGGUGGUCCGGACGGAGGAGGCGGACGAGACGUCCGGCCUGCUGGUGGUGACCGGCAGGGAGGUGGCGCUGGUGGAGGGCAAGAAGCUGCAGCUGCAGUGGAGGUUCAACAGCAGCUCCAUCCUCAGUCAGCCCUCCUGUGGCCACUUCAACAAAGACGAGUUGCUGGACAUCAUGGUUGAGGAGGACAUCGGCAACAGCAGCAAGAGGGUGGCCAUCCUGGACGGGAAGUCUGGCGAGGUGCUGUGGGAGGUCAACCUUUUGGCCAGUCCCAACUGUCCGAGGCCAGCCUCCAUACACACCACCAACCUGGUGUCCAUCUUCAUGUUUUGGGGCCUGAAGGCGUCGGACUCCAACGCCUCUGUCCCGCUGGCCGAUGAGCGGCGCUCCUACAUGCUGCAUCCGCUCUACUCUAAAGUUCUGCUGGAGUACGACAACGUGAUGGAUCACAUCAUCACAUUCAAAGCCACGCUGAUGGAGCGCGGGCGCCACGCGGCCUACAUCCUGCUCACCGGCCCCCCGUCGGAGGGCGCCGAAGGCACGGUGGUCCUCAGCAAGCGGAAGCUGAAGCAGGACGUCCCGGUCAGCAGGGUGCUCCGCAUCGGCGCCGGCGGCGGAUCGGAGAGCAACGAGGACAUCAAAGAGGCCUUCAACCGACUCCGCUUCAGCGACUGAUGAAACGGUCGACUCCACCUCCAAAAACCAAAGUAUCGACACUAGUGAGGACUGCGCCGCUCACCGCCAAGGAAAUGCCUGUUCUGGGGGCUUCCGGGUGGAAUCGUGAACCUGGGCAUUACCCGUCUGCUGACCUGACUGGAUGUAUAUUAGCAAACCUUUAAUCUAUUUAGUGUCCAAAAAGCUGCUGUUAGCCGACAAUCACCGCACACACAGCUGUUCUUCCUGCUGAUAAAUGCAUUUAUGCACCUCUUGCCUUUCAAAUGGCUGGAUUUUCCUCAGAUCACAGAUCGUUCUCUGGAUGUGAGCUUUAAAGACGGCAUAUAAACAGAUGAUAUGGAGUAUUUUUUAAUAAUGGUGACUGAUGGGGCUGUUUCCGUGAAUUUGCUCAAACUGUACUGUAAAACAGAUAAAACCGAAAGCCCCGAACACCUUAAAGUAUUCAACAUGUAUAUUUUAAUGCAGCCUUUUAUCUUAUGGUACUCUUGACGGCCAAAACCUACACUGCAACUUCGAUCCCAGAUGCUGUAAAUUGUUAUUCUCUGAUGCUCUUUGAGUGACUGCUGUGAGUUACAAGCGCCUUCUGAAACUUUAUUUUUCUCUGAAAGCUUUACACCUGAGAAAGAAAUGGAAUUUAGAGUGUUUUGGUGUUUUUUAUCCCUGUAAUGUUGUGAUAUUGAACCUGUGGAACGGGCCUUCACUCAAGCUGAUUUUUCUUUGACCUGUGAUAAAAUGUUUGAAAUGGAGUUCUAUUAAAGAUUUAAGGUUUUGAGAAGG